AUGAAUCCAUCCUCAAAUGGCUUAUUGAGAACAUAUCAAGCCGAUCUCUCAGCAAGCAUUCAAAGGCUAGACACACUGGAAAAAGAACAUCAAAGGCUGAAGAAGAAAAUCAGAUCGAAGAAACGACGAAAAUCCCUCAACUCUUACGAUGAGGAUUCUGAAGAAGAUGACUCGUGGAAGCUGUUAAAAGAAAACGCUAAUGUUCACGGUUUGAAAGAUCUCUUCUUCACCUCUUCAUCAAAAUUGAAAGUUACAUGGAUCCUGUUAUUGAUUUUGGCUGCGAUUCUCACUGUUCAUGGAUGCUACACGAUAAUCGUCGAAUAUUUGGUGGGACGAGUGGUCGUCUCAUAUUUUGUUUAUGAAGCAUCUGACUUACCCCUUCCCGAUUUGGUGAUUUGUCCGUUGAAUCGUUUCAACCGAACAUUUCUCGAGAAUCUCAACGUCUCCGCUGGAUUAGCUCAGUAUAUGGAGCUCUCCUUUCCACUCUAUCCUAUGCAUCCAUUUCAACAACCGACAUUCGAUGCAGUCAUGGGAAACACCGACUUCUACAACAAUGAGCUGGAAUUGUUGUUGACAAGACUUGGAAACAUGACGUAUCGAGACUUUUUGAAUAAAGCUUCUUUACCCUGUGAAGCAUUUAUGGACAAUCCAGAUGAUUGUGCGAACAGUACAGAGAUUUAUUGCUCGGCCGGGAAAUGCUUUCGGAUACCUGGCGAUACUCAGUACAGCGCUGGUUUUGCGACGGGUGAUCAUCGGAUUAUCAAUCUCCCGACCGAAUCUUACAGUCCAGCUGCUAAUCAAAUUCCAAAUGAUGGCAUCAUUGUAAAACUUGUGGAAAAAGGGAUGGGAAUUGAUAACGAUUUUACUUUUGUACCUACAGGUGUUCACGCGAUCUUCCCGAUCACUGCCGUCAAGUACGAGUUCAUGAACGAUCCACCAAAAUACAUGUGUCAAGAGGAAAGCAAUUACACAUACAGUAGUGUCUACUGUUUUGAGGAAUGCUUUGUGGAGGAAGCGGAAGCCGUAUGCAAUUGCUCACUUGCCGGUGCGACAACACCGAGAAAAGCGAUCACUUGCACGGCACAACAAUACUUCAAUUGCUUUUUCCCGCAACUCAGCGCGCUCGGAUUUGAUAAGAACAAGAAGUGUCGAAGUCAAUGUCCUCCACCGUGCACUUAUUGGGAAUAUGAAAAAGCACGUCUCUUUUGCGAAUUUUCCGUCAAAAUCGGCUCGCUACUUUGUGAAAGA